AUGUCUAUGCGCGGGCCCAUGCGGCGGUCGCACCUGAGGCAAGUGAGCGCGGCGAGCUUGGAAAGCAGCUCCACCCACUCACUGGAGACCUCGCACCGUGACCACGACCACGACCAAGCCGCAGAUGAUAGGACUGUUCGGCUCUCCUCAACAAGCUGGACGCGACAUCAAUGUGCGCUCUGGGUCCACGAUGAGACGUUUUCGCGUGAAGAGAUUUUGUUGAACCCGUCGGCUUUCGGCGAGACUGAAGUGCAAGUUGGAGAUGUCGUCGAGAUCCUGCCCGUGCGGGGGCCUGGCGAUGCUAGUUAUUCUACCCUAAAGCCCGAGGCCGCUUUAAAAGCUUCCCGCGAAGGCCAUGUGGAACUCAACUCGGCGUCCCAAGCUGAUAGCACCUCAAAAUUUAAGACUCCAUUGCAGAACCGUUGUCUAUUUGUGGUCAAGGCCCUUCCGCCAGAAACCAAGGCUCGAAAUCCUCAAUUGGAGAUUUCGGUAACAAACAACAUCGCCAAUAUCUUUGGUUUUAAGAAUAGAACGCAAGUUCUAUUAUCGAUUGUGGAUCGAGACCAAUGUGCGGCGUCUCAUGUCGACAUUGCCUUUCGCGAUCAGUACAUGGUUCGAUCGGACAUGUGGAGACUAGUCAUGUCGGAGUUAUCAGAUAAAAUCAUAUACAAAGGACAAAAAAUCAUGUUCAUGGGGAGCAUCAAAGCUACUGUGAAGAACAUCUUUAUCCGCGAAAGAAAAUGUCUUUCGGGAUAUUUUUCGCCACAAACGAUCCCUAUUUUUCGAAGCGAAUCAGCCAAAUAUGUUCUAUUCAUCCAAAUGUCGAAAGAAAUGUGGGAUUUUGACUCGGAGGGGACUGGGGACAUCCUCUUCAGUCGGGUUAUCAAUGGAUUUCUCCCGGAGCUCUUCAAGCGAUGGGCUAAUUCGGACGCAAAACAUCUGGUUACCAUUGUGUUGUUUACCCGGGUCGAGUAUGAUAGGCCUAAGAAUCCCACUCAACCCAAACUCGGCGCUGGGAGCUUGAACAGCAGAUCCGGACCCAACAAAGUUCCAACUCGAGACUUCUACCGUGUGGUAGUAAAUGAUAUGGCAAGCGGUCAUUGGACAACCAUCUUAGAUGAGCUGAAGAGAGAAUUCAGGACCUUUUUGCGAGAUGUGUCAAUCCUGAAAACGGAUGACAUUGAUGCUGCAACUGGUAGUGGUAUCAAGAUCCCUUCCAAGCCAAACAUGGCGACCAUUGCCGGGCACCCAAGUUCAGCUUUACGAGGAAACAUCUUAGAGGCCAUUCAUCUCGCCUCUGCUCACCUGGCUUUCGACCAUAUAGAUCGAGACAUGGUCCACACUGGCACCUCGAUCAUUGUUAUCACCCCCGGUAGCGGCGUUUUCGAGGUCUCUUACGAGUCCUUAACUUCUACAACAGAAGCUCUUGCGAAUCGAGGCAUAGCAAUUGACUUGGUCUGUUUGAGUCCGAUGCCUCUCCAUUCUGUGCCACUCUUCAAAUACCGGGAGCCAGUAGACCGAGAUUCUGGGGAUUCGGGAGGGGCUAGGUUCAAUGAAGCUAACAGGGAUAGGAUGUCUUCUGAGAUACAUCAUUCCCUGUCAAGCGUUGUUAGCAGAUCCUCAUAUCUUUCUCCAAGCUCAUACCUGUCCGCGACCAGAAUGAGGGAACGGACAACUCCCCAAGCCAAAGAUUGGAGCUUUGGAAUCCCUCAUUGGCUCGAUAUCUCCUAUUGGAACCCUGAAACAUAUCGAGAGGCCCGGCGCAUCUUGAAAAAAGAUCCAAAUGCGCCCAUCUCGCUUACUGUCACUCGGCCAUCAAAGGCUUUCACGCCACGAGUGCGCAUGUAUGAGAUCCAAAUGAUGGGAGUCGCCGUGGAACGAGACCUCGUGGACCUUGGCCCAGUUACAGCUCAGCUAGUCGUGUUCCCCCCCAAAACCCGUUUCACGAACCCUUCAUCUUUCAAGGCACAACUCAGUGAUAGCCUCCGCCCGGAAUCCUUUAUCCAGAACAUGGCAGACCAAAAUGAAUCGCAGACUCGAGAUAUGCAGAGUUCACGCAAGGCAGUGAUGUCUUGGAUGGACCAAUACGAUGAAACCCUUUUUGCUGUCUCUCCGAAACGGCAGCAGACUACCAAAGCGCCCAAGGCAAAGCGACCCAGUGAAUCAGAAGUCCAGGCUGCUGGUGGUGGAGUGCAUGAACGGCUAUCCGCCCGCUCUAUCACACGCCUCCGCCAUCAUGAAACGAAUCCAGCUGACGAGAACGAUUCUGUGCACUCUGGGCCUCGAAGAAUUGACUCAAAUAUGACUACACCAAGAAGCCCAAGCUCGGGCAAGAGCAUGUCUCCCAUAAAACCAGUGUUGAAGAAGACGCCGGCGCCCAUGGCCUCGCGGAUUUCUCGGACGAUUAGUUUUGCGCUUCGAGGCUUGAGCGCUACACCCCCGAGAGCCUUAGCAAGCACCGGAGUCAAUGUGGAACAUGCCAGCGCUUUGCCCAUGACAAACCAAAGAACUCCUGUUGGGUCAAUGUCCGAUGCCAGGAGUAUCACUUCUUUGAGCCCGUCAGAAACAGCAUCGACUACAUCAGUCUUCGAGGUACUUUCGACAUCUUCAACACCUGCCAAGGUUUCUCAGACCCCUGCUAAGCCGAUUUCUAUCAAAAUACCCCCCAAAAAUUCACCAAAAGAAUCCGAACAGCCAGAGCAGGUGGGCCCCAAUGGAUCACCGCCGGUAGAGACCGCACCAAACGAAGUCAGUCGGAGCCAUGGUGAACAUCAUCCGAACGAUCACAAGAUCGAAAUAACUCUCAACCAUAGUCCACGCGAGCCAUAUGCGCGAAACUGCCCCAGCAAAGCUCUGUCUCCAUGGGUCCGGUCUGUUAACCCAUGCAAUACCCCUAAAGACGUGCUGCGGGAUACUAGUUGGUUUGGCCGCUGGCAACAUGCGUAUCCCCGUCCUCCUCAUGUGGCCGUGGUAAAGUGGAAGAGUUUGAAGUCUCCCGCGGUGCUUCCACUGACGACGGAAGAAUUUCCAACAGCUAGUGUGCUUGCCUCGGACUAUCUGCAGACGCCAUAUCGUGUCUUCCCAAAUGAAGAUUCUGAAGGCAUUGAAGCACCAAAGACACGUGGGGUGCUUUUACGAGAAAUGAUCUCGCUCCGGCUUUCUCAUGGCUUCCAAAUUAUUGUCGGAAAACAUGUGGCUGAAGUAUCCGCGCAGCCUGCCCUUGAAUCAUUGAACGUCUUCGAUUUCCGAGGUCUAGAGCGCGAUGGGCUCACAAUGUUUCUCUCCAAGGGCAACACAAUUCAUCGACUUGUCUGCAUCCAAGAUGGAGAAGUGGAAGUGACCCGCUUCACGCAUCAAAAUUCUGCGGUGGUCACUUCUCCCAGAAAGCCUACCUAUACACUAUAUCAACCGGCUAUGAAAACAAUAUUGAGCGCGGAAUACGAAGUGAAGGAUAUAAAGCUGGAUCCAACCUCCGAAGAGUACAAUUGGAACUAUGCCGAUAACUAUGUGGCUGGUCAUCGAGAUUAUCUCCAAAACCCAGCACAGCAGCUGCACUUCUGGCGAGUUCGUUACGUCUUGAUUCCGCUCCAGCUUCAUGCCAAUUCUCGGCGCAAUUUGCAAACUUCCCAUGAGGAUAACGAGGAAGAAAUUCAUUUGCUCGGGAUCAGCCAACUAACCCAUAUCUGGCAACGGUUCAAGUAUGUGUCGCCAGAAGAAAAGCUUUUCGAGACGUCGAAUCCCAAACGAGAUCAGAAUCCUUUGAACAUCAUGUACCAAACACGCAAUCCAUCGGAAAUUGACUUGACAACCCCCCCUGCUCAGCUCUUACCCGAGUCGGAAUUGUUGGACAGAUCCAGCAUCAGUCUUAUGUCGUUGGCGCAAAUCAUCCAAGGCGAAAAGGGCGUCCGGAUGAUGGAUCGACGGUGGCAUUGGAGGUUACACUACAAUUGCUUCAUCGGGUUUGAAUUCACAACCUGGCUGUUACAAAACAUACGUGAUAUCGAUACCCGUGAACAAGCAGUCAAAUUUGGCAACGAAUUGAUCGAUCAUGGCUUGUUCCAACACGUGGAGAAGAGACACAAUUUCCGAGAUGGCAACUAUUUCUAUCAAGUGUGUGCCGAUUAUCGUGUUACUCGUCCAGAGUCUCGAGGAAGUUGGUUCCCUCAGCUUAGAUCAGACAAAUCGAUGCCGUCGACGCCGGCCAUUGGCACUGCCAAAGACUCUCCCCUCAGCCUCAAAGCUCGAUCAGACAGCAUCGACGAGCGCAUACCACAGACUCCCAGUACUCCUUCCAAGGCGAAGAACAAAGUCGCUAUCAUGCUGUCCAAAUCUAUGAAAUACGAUGUUGAUCCGCGCAAGCGGUCGAAUCGGCCAGAAGUGAUUGACCUUCACUGGGACCGACUUCAUAACCCGGAGAAUUGCUUCCAUAUCGAACUCAGCUGGAUGAGCACCACCCCCAAGUUGAUUGAAGAUACCGUGCUUUCUUGGGCCUCAACUGCUGAAAAAUUUGGGCUGAAAUUGGUUCAGGUGCCGAUCGCCGAAGCCUGUGCUAUCGAUAAGACGCAGCCAUUCCGGAAACCCUACGAGAUCAAACUCAAGGUCCCACCACCCAAAGGACCACUCCACACAGUAUUCAACAAUGCGUCAUUUGCGCAACCAGGACCACCGGAUCGCCUUUAUUACCAGAAGGCCAUACUGCGGAAGUUUGAUUUCGUGCUAGACUUCGAAGCCUCCUCUGCAUUCCCGGCAGACGUUGAAGUAUCCUACUCCUGGGGGAAGCCAGAUUAUCGUUAUCCGCAAUUCAUCCACCGAACCGGAAGCAUCCUGGCCCAGAUCACCGACGAAGGCGAUUUCCUCCUGCUUGCCAAUCGGCUGGUGAGUACCCGUAGCACGGCGAGUCGAGACGCAGGCCGUUUCGAGAACCACAAUCGGUCCGAUUUCCGAGGUCGUGCACCGAAUCACGAUGGACUUGACCGCGUCUCACCGCGACUUUCUCCAAUUACCCGGCCCGUUCAUGACCUUGGCAGCAUCGGAAGCCCACUUACCCCAUCCGGAUCAACAAACAUUGACUCGGCGAACCUGUAUCGGGCCCCAGAACAUAUUCUUAACGGGCUCGCUGAGUUCUGCAAUGAUUCAGCCCAAUUGGAGCAAUUUUAUUCGGAGUCUCAUACCCGUCCAUUGUCCACGAAGGUGGAAUCGACUACUACAAACUUAAUGGAUGCAUCAAUCCCGUCGCUCGAGCUUCCUGCCAGUGUGGUCAGUCAUCAUAUCUCACCGCCGCCAGGGUUACCAUCCCGGAUUACCCGUGAGUCGCGCGAGGGACUGAUGUCACCGGAAGUUACGCGGGCCAGAGCUCGAGGGGAAAGUCUUAGCUACAAUGCAAGCCCUAGGAGUGGCAGCUUACGACCCUUGAUCUAA